AUGGACUCCACAAGCUUGGAGCAGGCCUUCGGCCCUGCAUCUGGCCGGCGCAUGGGUGCGGAACGAUUGAGGAAAGCACUUGGCUACGAGGCCGGCGGAGCCGGGGGCAGCGACACGACGUGCUCGGAUUCGGAAGCGGAGACAAGCUGUGAGACGGAGUCGAUCGGUUCAAGCAAUGCCAUGCUUGCUCGAAACAGAGACACCGAGACCGCGAUUGCGACCGUCUCCACGCUUCCAGAGCUUGAGAUCGCCCUGGCACGGCAGCUUCGACGCUUCGACCAGGCGCUAGAAGCAACGGAGGUGGAUUGCCAGGAGCUCCAUUGCUACUUCGGCAUUGAUGCCGCGGAGUGGUGCAGGAAAGAUUUGCGCACAAAUGUCGCCCGACUGCUGGAAUCGCUGAGUGAUUUCGUGGUGCAGAUCAGAGGCGCCUGGGAAGACCUGGAGAAGCAUGCCCAGUCAAAGCACGGGCGGCUUCCUUCGGAGACCCCCCGGAAGACGCCGCGAAAGACGUUCAGGGAAGCCUCCUCGCAGCCGUCCCUGCAGCCAUCAGUACAGGAGCUGCAGACUAUUCGGCCGGCUGUUGCAUCUGUGCCGCAGGAUGCUGACCAACUGCGUGAGUGGCAGCGGCUAAAUCAAAUACGGGAGUGGCAUCGUCUCAUGUCCAUGUCCGGGAGUCGGUAA